AUGGUGGAGAUAAUGGGUAAGAGGAACAGGAAGGUGCCUGUUUUGCUGACACCGGACGUGAAAGAGGCUAUUGUGGUCCUUAAUAGCACCAGGGGAAAAGGAAAUGUGACCAAAGAAAACACGUACGUGUUCGCUGUGAACAAUGGGAAGUCCACAAAGCAUCGUAGAGGAAAUGAUGUGAUACGUCAGGCAUGCAGUAUGGUUGACUUGCAGCAUCCUGACGUUAUCACAUCAACCAGUUUAAGAAAGUAUGCGGGGACGGUGUCGCAGCUGAUCGAUAUGGAUCACAAUGAACUUGGAUGGCUGGCCACACAUCUUGGGCACGACAUCCAAAUUCAUAAACAAUUCUAUCGGAUGCAAGAAAGCACCUUGGAGAUGGCAGUUGUGGGCAACCUUUUGAUGGCCAUCGAUGAAGGGAGGGCCCAUAAAUUCAAAGGGAAAAACCUACGAGAUAUUACCCUUCAAGGUACUGUCAAAAUACGAGCAUUAAACUACAACUACAUCAUACAUUAUUCAAUAUAUUAAGUUCAGGGCCGUUCAAAUACGGGAGGAGUGCAGGUGCCCAGGAAAAAUUCAUCUUAUCAGUAGUUUUACGUUAUGUUACCCUUUCAGAUACAUCUUAUUUUUUUCAGAUUUUGACAAUAUCCCAAGUGAUGAGUCAGAUUCGGAGGAAGGUAAAGGUAUAUUUAUAAUAAAUCAGAUAUGUUUAGAAUGUCCCAUGUUAUGCAGGGCCUUUUUUAAGGAUUUUCCCGUGAGGGGGGGGGGCAUUUUUUGAAAAGGGACUUUUUUGUGAGAUAAUAUAUUAGAGGGGGAUAGCAAUGGCUGAAGGCUACGUAUGUGGCCAAUAUACCACGCAUGAAUGGGGGUGGUCCCCAGAAAUUUUUGAAAUUUGAAUCCCGGAAAUGUCAUUUCCUGCAUUCUGAGCAUCCAAAUUUGCUCCAAAAUUUAUGCUAACUAUACUUGUAUAUUUUGAAAUAAAUAGAGGAAAAAACGCACAAAAAGUAACAAAAAAUUAACCAUCAUUUAUCGUUACUUAUUAGAGGAGGAUGGCAAUGGUCAGGUGUGUGGGGGUGUACUCCCCCAGAAAAUUUUUGAAAUUUGAAGCACGGAAAUACCAUUUCCUGCAUUCUGAGCAUCCAAAUUUGCUCUAAAAUUUAUGCUAACUAUACUUGUAUUUGAAAUAAAAGAUGGGAAAAAUGCACAAAAAGUAAAAAAGAAUAUUAACUGUAAUUUAUCGUUACUUAUUAGAGGGAUAAUCCCCCGAAAAUGUUUGAAAUUUGAAACCUAGAAAUGCUAUUUCCUGCAUUCUGAGCAUCCAAAAAAUAAAAAAAUUAUUAACAAUAAUUUAUCAUUACUUAGUGGUAGACAAAAGUAAAAAUUUAAAUCGAUUUUGUUAAACAAGGACAAAGGAUAAAGCCUAUGUAUGUAUAACUGUAUGUAUGUAUGUAUGUAUGUAUGUAUGUAUGUAUGUAUGUAUGUAUGUAUGUAUGUAUGUAUGUGUGUAUGUAUGUAUGUAUAUAUAUAUAUAUAUAUAUAUAUAUAUAUAUAUAUAUAUAUAUAUAUAUAUAUAUAUAUAUAUAUAUAUAUAUAUAUAUAUAUAUAUACUUUACUUUAUACUUUAUACUUUAUACUUUAUUUAGAAAUGGUAAAUACAUUGCAGCCAUGAGCUGAAUUGCGUAUUAUACUUACAAUUAAAAAUUAUUAAAAAUUAGAGUUUUGAAAUAUAUCAAAGUAUUAUAAUUAAUUAACUAAAUUGUCAAAAGUGACUGUUUAUAAUAAGCAUGCAAAAGUUAUUAAGAAUAUAAAAUAGGUAAAUGAAGAGUAAAACCUAUUCAGUUUUGUUACUCGAUGCCAUAAUAAAACUAUUACUAAACCGAUUGGUUUUACAAACUGGAACGUCAAAAGAUCUAAUAGAUCUCAGGUCGUGGAUGGAGUUAUGCCUUGGCGGCAAGAGGUAAUGUAGACUGUGAUUAGAAUCUUUGAUAAUUGCAUUAAACAAUUUCUUGCAGCCGUUUUGAUGGUGAGUGGAAAGAUGUUCAAUUCCACUGAGAUUUAAAGCUUCCUCAUAUUUCAAAUGGGGAUAAAUAAUUCCAAAUACGCGUUUCUGGACUCGUUCCAAAUCUUGACUUAAAUACUUGGGUAGGCUGUAGUGGAAAACCGGGACAGCAUAGUCCAACACAGAUCUUAUACAGGUUAUGUAAAAUGUGAUUAGUUCUUGUAUUGGGAUUUUUGCUCUCUUAAGUUGAAUAAGGAAAUAUAUCCUUUUGGAGGCUUUCUUGACUAAUUCAGUGAUAUGUUUAUUCCACGUAAGGUUGUUGCUAAUGUUAAGACCAAGCACUUUAAAAUCGGAUACAACUUCUGUGAUUUGAUUCUCAAUUGAAAUUGGGUUAAGCUUGGGUUGAUUCCGUGCAAAAGAAAUUCGUAUCUCCUUACAUUUAUCAGCAUUUAAUUGCAUUCUAUUGAUAUUGGACCAAUCUAAAAUUUCAUUUGCAAUCAGUUGAGCUUCACUGUGCUCGCCUUGCAAUACGACUUCCGACGCCGUGGUAUCGUCAACGUAUUUCCAUAAGUUCUCACUAUGUUUCUUCAAAUCAUUAAUCAUUAUUAAGAAGAGCCAAGUGCCUAAUUUGGUUCCUUGAGGAACACCAGCCGGUACUUGGCCCCAUUCAGAAAGGCAACUAUUUGACAGCUUAACCCUUUGACAAGACUAUAUGACACUAUGCAAGACUAUACAACACUAUACUACACUAUAGACGACUAUUAUACAAGACUAUACAAGACUAAACAAGACUAUACAACGUUAUACAAGACUAUACGAUACUAUACAACACUAUAUGUCAUUUCGAUGUUUUCCUUCGUGGUUGAAUUAAUAGUUAUAUACCCUGUUCCUGUGAGCAGAGCCUUAAUAUCAAGUCAUCAAUCAUUUUCACGUUUUUCUUCGUAAAUCAUACAACGGUUGCCAACAUUGAACAUGCCUGAAUCAUUGAUCAUUCUGUCAUGAUAUUUAAACGGUCAAUAUAAACUUAUUACUAAACAAGACGCUCUACGGAGCGUUAACUCGCUGGGGCUAUACAAAUACGCACAUUACUGUACAUGAUCACACAUCAUACAUACAGUACAGAGCUAUUUCAAUUAAUUUAAGAUUUAAGGUUUUUCCCCAGCUAAACGGAAAAGUCGAAAACGAGCGCGAAAGGCUUAACACAGCACUAAAAUGCGGUAGGCCCUACCCUACUGGCUACAAGUAAAGUUAUAUUUAGUACGCUACGUACGCUACAUCCUUCUUCAAGACUGUCGCCGCCAGUUGGUCCGUACGCUAAGAUUAAACUGCGCUUUAAAACGUUCAAAAUAAAAUAUUCUUGGCCAUUUUGGGCUUUUGGGCUCAAAAUACUAUCAAAAUGAAGAGAGAAGUGAGACAAAUCCACUGGUAUACGGCCGAAAAAGAGAAAACCAAUGGUACUAAAGUUAUCAAGGAUCAAACGUACUGCAUUUUUUUUAUAAUUAGUUUAAUAAUUUUGAGCGAUUUGUCAACAAUACAAUUUCGCUUGAUUUUCAAAGACAAAGGCCAUAAAUUGCUAGAAUACUGUUGUUUAGUAAUACAUUUGACAUCCGUAAUUAGUACAAUUUCUAACGCUGGAUCGAACGGUGGUAUUUUUUUAUCCUUAUUGCGCCAUUAGGCAUUACAAAACACUAUGAAACGUACUGCGAGCGAUUUGUCAACAAUACAAUUUGACCAAUUUCGCUUGAUUUUUAAGAGUUUGGGUAAUGGUCGAGGGUCGAGGGUCACAUGUCGAGGGUCGAGGGUCAUAAGUCGACGGUCAUAGCUCGAGGUUCGAAAAUAUAUUGUAUUUAUUGUGCUAUCAGAACGAAUCGAGUCCCAGCGCAGCAAAAAUCUCUCGCAAUGGUCGUGAGAUAAUUCUGAACCAGACUAAAAUCACCCUGUUAUAAAGAUUCGUGCUUCGUGCCUGUUAUUUUUGACAGAAUAACUAAAGAAAGUUUCCAUUUUAUUACACUACAACGUUCUCGCAACUAUAUUAUGAAUAUGAAACUGUCAAUCGAACAUGUGCACUUCCAGUGCAGACAUGAUGUCAUAAAAUAUAUAAAUAUCAACUGUUACUCGCACAUCCUAACGCUUUAAACCUCCAAAACCAUACGCGGUAUGAGGAGUAUCGUUAAGUUGAAGUUCUGAGAAUUGCCUCCAAGAGAUAACAUAUUACUUAUAAUCAAAUUUCUCAUGAGAGUGAAACGCGAUUUUUGUAUAAUAGUCUGUGUUUGUAUAUUUAAACUCCAAUGUAAAAUAAAAGAUGUAUGCUUUCAAACAUCAAACCUCGAAACUUUCAGUUAUACAGUACAUAGCCAUACAGCUUAGCCAUAGGCGAAAUUUUUCAGUUUUGACAGCAAAACUAAUUGUUUUGCCGCGUUUAAUGGUUGUAAAACUUUUUAAAUGGAUAAAAAUUUAGUAUUUUCGACAUUCGACCCUCGACUUUUGACCCUCGACUUUUGACCCUCGACUUUUGACCCUCGACUUUUGACCCUCGACUUUCGAACCUCGACCUAUGACCCGUGAUCCUCGACUUAUGACCCUCGACCUAUGACCCUCGACCCUCGACCAUUACCCAAACUCGAUUUUCAAAGGCCAUAAAUCGCUAGAAUACUGCUGUUUAGUAAUACGUUUGACAUCCGUGAGUACAAUUUCUUACGCUGAAUCGAACGGUGGUAUUUUUAUCCUUAUUGCGCCAUUAGGCAUUACAAAUACAAGGACAAACGUAGCGCGAGUGAUUUGUCAAUAACCAGGCAACAAUAUUACGUACUGCGAGCGAUUUGUCAACAAUACAAUUUCGCUUGAUUUUCAAAGGUCAUAAAUCGCUAGAAUACUGGUGUUUAGUAAUACACUUGACAUCCGUAAGUACAAUUUCUUACGCUGAAUCGAACGGUCUCGCUUUCUUCUCAAAAUAUAAAGCAGCGCAGCCAAACGCAAAAACUUGCGAUUUGCGAAAAUUUCUGUUUCCGUGCGAAAAAUUUUCCCGAAUUUUCCUCAAAAUGCAGGGUUAUUUAUGGAUAUUUGGGUAAAAUUGGCAGGAGCCUUAUGGAUAAUUGGAGGGAAAAUUAGGCAGCUCAUUAAUAUUCUAUUUUGUGGCUAUCGACGAUUGGAGAUUGCCGAUCCAUGAUGCCGAAACCUAUACUCGUCUGGGGCACAGUGCCCCAGCGAGUAAUAAGUAAACAUUGUCAACACCGUAUACUAAUAAUUGCCUAAAACGUACCUGCAAAAAAUAAUUUUCCGAAUUACGAAAUUAUUGUCUUUUAUUUGUGAAGAAAUGAUCGUUUCUUAUAUUUUUCAUCAUGGCGGAAAGUACAGAACGAGAGCUUUACGGCGAGUUACGAGCAAUUACUGGCCAUCAGAAAUCCAAAUUUCUUCUAUAUUUUGAAUCAAGCUGCAUCGUUAUAACUCGGUCAAGGAAACUGGCACAAGUCAUUACGUCAAAAUCAGUUGUCAAGAAUAGUGUGCUGCUUACGGCAGCAAUUAUUAUUACCAAGCCUCCCACGGACAGUGACCCCCUCAAAAAAAAAAUUUCUGCACUCGGAUUGUUUUCGUAAAAUCUCUGUGUAUGCCAUUUUGUAACUGCUACGUCAUUUUACGUCACAAAUUCGCCAACAUCACGACAGAAAAUCUCGAUUCUGAAUGCAAUAUAUACAUCCGACUGGGAGACUGGGUCGACAUUAGUGUGCCGCCUCGCUUCACUCGGCAACAAAAAACGUGUUCGUGGUAAUAUUUGGGACCAUAAUUCGUACUUCUAUCCAUCAGAAAUUGAUAAAUUUCAUUCAGGAUCUGUUUUCUCCUAACUUGAAGUCUUCCUGUUUUGAAUUCUUUCACAAAAAAUCUUAUCGAGUCACCUGACUCGAUCGGUUGACUCAUGUGACUCAUAGCUAGCUAGUUACGGGCCUGGGCAUUGCGAGAAAAAUCGAGGGACAAAUUGAAGCUUCCAAAUGGGACAAAUAAACUCUCUGAUUGGGUAAAAUCUCGUUGCCCGGAUGUAAAUCCUCGUUCCCGGAUGCAAAGCCACGAUGUUUGUGCGGAGCUGGAAAUACAAAAGCUCAAAAUCAGGAACAUUUUAUUGUUAUAGUACCAUCUUACCAUUUAAUCUAACGAGUGCAGCUAGUCUAUACGAAAGUGUACAGUAAUUAUAAUGAUUAGUGUAGUUUGUAAAUUUUGGUUUCCUUUUCAAUUUCAUUCCCAGUUUAUAAUUGACAAAGCCCUAGUGAAACGAGGAUAAGGCUUGGUGAUGGCUAUGAACGUAGAAAAUGUCAUGAAAUUUGUAUAUUGUGUUAGCUUUUAGACAAUGAUGGAGAUUUAAGGUCAUAAAGGACAUUGCGUUUGAAUAUUACUAUAGACUUUCUGUACACGAAUUUUUGUACUGUUUAUAUCCUCUGAAAAAGUUGGUGUGUAUUGUCCAUGGCAUGAAUUCAAUAUAGUUUGAGGAGAUUAAAACAAAGGCUUUAUAGUUGAAAACAUUUCUACUGGCUCGGCAAUUUGUAGUGGCACUUGUCGCUGCUUGAAGUGUUUGCUAAUUUUGUUUUGUGAUUGGCGCGGUUCGAUCAAAGAACACCUCGUUGAAUGCAGGCUUCACAGCGCGUUUCAACUUACCAGGAAACUCUGCAAUUAAUCAGAGUAUUGAUUUAAAACGUACAGUUUGAAUUACUUUAAUUCGAGCAGGACUCUUAUCUCAUACCUAGCGUAUUAGCGGCAUUUCUAUCGGCUACGAGGAGGUGCGUUCAAUCUCGUAUGUUUAUGGGGGGGGUUCGAGAUCGAUGCGAUUUGAACAAAUUUCUGACGAAGAUUUAAAUAAAAAAUAAAUUAACUAUUUUUAAUUGUUUUAUAAUUAUAAUUAUGUUUUUGGAAAUUUUACUGAAUCUGAAGAAUUGUUCACCGAUAACCUAAGGAAUGUUUGACAAAUGGGAAGUGCGAGAACCAGUUGCCAAAUCAAUUUCCCGCCUUUUUCCACCCGAGUCGAUAAAAAGCUAGAGACUGCUGGUGAUGGGCAAGUACCAACUGUUUUAGUUCGAUAAAAUACUAGUCGAAUAUUUCCCUUUUUUGGAUAUCGAUAUUUGUGCGAUAUAUCAAACACAACCAACAAUAACAACAACAAUGCCAAUGGUAUUAACUAGUUUGUUUAAUUCACUAUUAUUUAAUUCACUAUUAACACACUGACAAAUGUUUCUCUUUUCCCAUACAGACCUUAAUAUGAAACAGACAUUUUAA